CCCUCUGUACGGCCACGACGCGCACGAUCUGCCUGCAUACACUUAGAAAAAUGCGCUAGUAGGUUUGUUCGCCUCAUACCCCGGAUAAUCAAAUGACAUUCGAUUUUCACACUUCUUCACACAUUUUCACGCAUCGUUUUUGUUCCAGCGGUGGCAUGAUCUGUUAACUAUAUAUUCACCGUGUCGGCGCGCACUGACGCGCUCCGGAUCUGUGAGAGACGCCGAAUCAACGGGGGGGAAAAUCAUUAGAAGAAGAUCCGUCGAGGAGAAAGGAAAAGGUUUCCACAUGGUUAUGAUGUGUAUGAUUCAUUAGAAGAGGAUCCGGAUGGUGUGAUGGAUGCAUGAGAGGAGAACGAUUUUUCCUGAUGUAAGACAACGAGCGCGUUUACACGCACAACCCUACUCUGGUUUUACUUAUAAGCAAGGCCAGUGCUGACUGUGAUGAUUCUGAGCAGAAGACUCCCGUAGCAGCAUCCAGUGCUGUUGACAACUGUGUGGAUUACACUUUGAUGCCACAAGAUACCUGAUUCCACAAGUUAAUCGAAAGGGGCAGGACAUGACUCAGUUGCCAUGCAGGCUGCUAUUGUAACAGGCUUUUUCAGCCCCUCCCCACUCAUCUGGUUGGUUCAACUCUUGUUGUGGCCACACCUCCUUGGACCUAGAUUGGCCGAAGCCAGUCCUGCCUGCCCUGCCCCCUGUAGCUGUUCCAAUCAAGCCAGUCGAGUGAUCUGUACCAGAAAAGGCUUAAAUGAAGUUCCACAGAGUAUCUCGUCCAAUACUCGAUACCUCAACCUCCAGGAGAAUUCCAUACAGGUGAUCAGGUCAGACACCUUCAAGCACCUAAAUCAUCUGGAAAUCUUGCAGUUGUCUAAGAACCAGAUUCGUCAGAUAGAAGUGGGAGCUUUCAAUGGCCUUCCCAAUCUUAUCACCCUGGAGCUUUUUGACAACAGACUACCACUGGUACCAUCACAGGCGUUUGAGUACCUGAGCAAGCUGCGUGAACUCUGGCUAAGGAAUAACCCCAUAGAGACACUCCCGGCGUACGCCUUCCACCGCGUGCCGUCCCUGCGACGGUUAGACCUUGGCGAGCUGCGCAAACUCAGUUUCAUCUCGGAGGCUGCGUUCGAAGGGUUGCUGAACCUACGUUUCCUGAAUCUGGGCAUGUGCGGGCUUAAGGAUGUACCCAACUUGACGCCUCUUGUGAGGCUAGAGGAACUGGAGCUGUCUGGAAACCAGCUGGGAGUGGUGCGUCCCGGAUCUUUCCAAGGCCUGGUGUCUCUACGCAAAUUGUGGCUCAUGCAUUCUCGGAUCUCCGUCCUUGAGAGGAAUGCCUUCGAUGACCUCAAGAACCUGGAGGAGCUCAAUCUGUCCCAUAACUCUCUGCAUUCGCUGCCCCACGAUCUCUUCACUCCACUGCAGCAGUUAGAGCGUGUCCAUCUGAACCACAACCCCUGGGUUUGCAACUGCGACGUUCUGUGGUUGAGCUGGUGGCUUAAAGAAACCGUGCCUGAUAACUCCACUUGUUGUGCACGUUGCCAUGCCCCACCGGGUACUAAGGGCAGGUACAUUGGUGACCUCGACCAGCGAGACUUCACCUGCUACGCACCUGUGAUCGUGGAGCCACCCACCGACCUGAACGUGACGGAGGGAAUGGCAGCGGAGCUGAAAUGCCGCACUGGGACAUCCAUGACUUCCGUUAACUGGUUGACACCCAAUGGAACCUUGAUGACCCAUGGUGCCUACAAGGUCCGGAUCUCGGUCCUGCAUGACGGAACCCUGAAUUUCACCAACGUGACCAUGCAAGACACUGGACCCUACACCUGUAUGGUCACCAACUCUGCUGGCAACACCACAGCAACUGCUGUGUUGAACGUCUCCGCACCUGACCCAGGCAAUGGCUACAGCUACUUCACAACUGUUACCGUUGAAACUGUAGAGAAUGGGCAAGAUGGCCACGAUUCGGCACGGCAGUUUGUCAACGAGACGUUUAUUAGUAUUCCAGGGCCGACGGCUGCAUCUGCAUCAGCAGGUCCCACUGGCUCGAUGCUGUCCUCCUUGUCGCCUCGAGCCACGCGUGCACCUGAUCACCCGUUUACAGUCUCCAUCACGGACGUCGCCAACCUGUCGGGUCUAGAGGACGUAAUGAAGACGACCAAGAUUAUCAUCGGCUGCUUUGUGGCCAUCACCUUCAUGGCGGCCGUGAUGCUGGUCGUCUUCUACAAGCUUCGCAAGCAGCACCAACUGCACAAACACCACGGCCCGGCUCGCGCCAUCGAGAUCAUCAACGUCGAGGAUGAGAUCGGAUCUGCUGGUGGAGCUAGUGGCAUCACGGGAGGGAGCACCGUUCACAUGGGAGCGGGAUCUGGUGGAGGAAGUGGACAGAGUUCGAGGAAUCACGACCCUGAGAUCAUGACCUUGCCGAGUGUUGGGCAAGCGGACCACCUGAACCACUACUACAAAGCGCACCACUUUAACAACAACGUGCUGGGCUUGAACAUGGCCUCUGGAAUGCUCAACAACAAACCCAACCCUUCCUCCCAAAACCAGGCUUCGACCAUGAAAAUGGGGACUUCUGGUGACCCCUCCAACCCUGGCUCGACCUCACCUCCCCUGCCAAUUCCCAUCCCAAUGGCGAUGACCUUCCAUGGAACUCUGAAAGGCCUUAGUCACGUUCCCAACAUGCAUACUGAGCCGCUGUUGCUAUCGAAUGGCUCCAAGGAGAGCGUUCAGGAGACCCAGAUCUGAUUACCUUCGCAGACACAUGCACACGCAGGAAGGGAAGUAGACUGGUUUUUACGCCAGUGUGACUGUCGAGUCUCUGCGGUCUUUGACUUUUGGAACUCCGUCCCUUUCUGACAGAUUCUAUGGAAUAUUCUGUUCGAUGAACAGAGAGACAGGCUUUUACUGAUGAAGUGGACACGGCGCUGUUGAGUACAUACGUGCCAAAGCAAGCGUCUUUUUUGCAGUUCUUAUGAGUUGUGUACGCGUAUAAAAAAUAUAGUCUAUAUUAAAGUAGUGUAAUUACUUAAGUGUUGGUUUGCCACAGUCCAGCGACACCGAGUACACACACCGAUGUACAGCAGCUAACAGACCUGUAUAAAAGCAUACACACAUUUACACUUCCUGGAGGUUGACAUCAUUAUUCAUCGUACUCACCUCGGUAGGUAGUGUACCUGUGUGUGUGUGUGUGUAUGUGUGUGUGUGUGUGUGUAAGGGACAGUAUUAACUGAGACUAAUUCAAAAAUAAAGACUUAAACUGCUGUGAUCCAGAACACAUGCUCAUGUUCACUCUGCGUCAUGAUGACAUUCUGAAUCUAGCACAAGUGACGAUCAGUUCAUAAGCUCAGAAAUCUGAACUCUAAAAGACACCAGUUUCAGGGUGACAUACACUUUCAUCAUACCUAGAGGAGAGGGCAGAGAGAAGAAGCCUUUCCAUGUGAACAAUUAGAGUACUUGGCUGCUGUCCUCAGCAAAGGUACCACAGUACCUGCCGCCGUAGUGCAAACUCUCUGUGCAUAUCUGCGUUCGAAGAGAUCUUGAGUGUCAUAUGUUUGUCUUUUCGCCUGAAUUGAAGAGUAACAGCAGUGUGUAAGGGCUAUUUCACUGGCAUUUGAUGUGUGUAGAAUGUGUCUGGACUUAAAGUCAACAUGAAACGCAACAUUUAACUUCUGUAGUAUGAAACAGGAUAUUCAGUGGACGCAGGGUGGGACUUGACUUUAUUCAUCAGGAAUUGAUUGGAUCGUGAAAUGCGGGCGUACCAGAAUGGAGUCAAGAGGGAUUUGUGAUGGUAGCCGAACCGGAAAGUCAUUUCAGAGGCGGAGCAGGUUACAUUUUGAUAAAAGAUUCUGAAGAUAUUUUUUUCUUACUUGGCAUAACGUGCACAGAUGACUCGUGCACAAUAAGGAAUGUGUGUUAACGUAAACAGCGUCCAUUUUGAGUUCAUGUUGACUUUAAAAUAAGCUGUAUUAAAGCUUUGAAAUAUACUGGGAUACGCAGCACAGGGGAUUUCGCCGACAUGAAAAAUUUUAGAUUUUUAACAGAGAGAGAAUGAAAGACAUUGUGAAAAUGUCCAGAUUUUUCUGAUGAAAGAUUUUGCAAUAUGAUAUGUAAUCUAAUGUAAAGAUUUUCAAGUAUACUGUUUAUAAAUCCAAAUCGCUGGGUUUGGGAAUCAGGGUUCAGGGAAUGGGAAUAAUACCGCUCUUGAGCUGCUUCAAAUUUAAG